AUGAACCCACAACCUUGCGCCGCCUGUAAGCAAAUGAGACGACACUGUUCAGCAAAAAAAUGUCCCUUUUCUCCAUAUUUUCCCCCUAACGAACCUCUCAGAUUUGCUUCCGUUCACAGAGUCUUUGGUGCAAGCAAUGUGUCCAAGAUGCUCGCGGAGGUCCCGGAGAGUCUAAGAGCAGAGGUAGCAAUUAGUCUUGUAUACGAGGCAGAUGCGAGGCUAAGAGAUCCUGUGUACGGAUGCACCGCAGAAAUUUCUGCUUUACAACGGCAAGUCGAAUCAUUGCAACAACAACUCAAUUCAGCAUGGGAUGAACUGCUCAAAUACAAGAAUCCCCAUCAUGAAGCCGAUAUCUUUAACGCAGAGCCCCCACCUUCCCAUGAUGUAGCCUUGCUUCCUUCCGUUGCCACCACCGCUGCUUUCCCUCCUCCCCCUUCUCCAACAGUACUGCUAGUGCCACCGCCCCCUCCCACCACCUCAGGUUCACUUCUCCUUUCAUCCUCUGCUUCGUCCAACCAGUACUGCCCACUAUCUGCUGCCGCUGAUUUCAGCACCAUAUCAAAUUAAA